AUGAGCACCGUAGCGGCGCUUUCCACGGAUCUUUCAAGCUUGAUCUCAGAAUCAAGGAGAAGAAACAGUGAAAUCAAACACGCUGCUGAAUCUUCAUUGAACAUCUUGAAGUCCUAUGAUCCUUCUAAGCAAAAAGAACAAGAUUUCCUCCAUUAUUUAACCCAAGAGCCAAAUUUCAUCACCCCGUUCAUCUUAUCUUGUCAAUCGAGAAAUGCGAAAUUUAGUAGCAUUGCCAUCCACUGUUUACACCGCCUUAUAUCUGCCCACGGAUUACCGAUCGGCUCGCUUGAAAAUAUUCUAGAUUCUCUAAUAGAGGCGUCUCAUCUCCCGCUUGAGAUUCAAUUGAAAGUAUUGCAAUUGUUGCCAACAAUUUACCAAACUUUUGGCGAUCAAAUGAAUGAUACAUUGGUGUCGAAGCUUUUAUUCAUUUGUGCAGUAUUACAAGGUCCUAGUAAACCCCAGGUGGUGGUCAAUACCGCCGCAGCGACAUUACAACAAUUGAUCAUUUUCAUUUUUGAUAAGGUUAGCAAUGAGGACAAAUUGGAUGAUUCACAUGUGAUCAAGUCACACCCGGUGAAAGUGGAUAAUGAUGAAAAAAUCUUAGUUUCUGAUAACGUUUAUGAUUGUUAUAGAAUUUUCGAUGAUUUGUGCUCGUUGAUCGAGCAUCAUAAACCAUGUUUUUUACAGUUCAGCUAUUUGACAGAAACGUUUCUAUUAGAAUUGAUCGAAUCAAUCUUGAAUAAUUUCACAUCGGUGUUCAUCAAGCAUACGGAAAUGGGAUACUUGUUAAGAUUCAGAAUCACCCCGAUAUUCCUUAGAUCUUUAUCUAUACCCACCAAAGAAUUUAGUGUGGUGGUGAGAAUUGCCAGGAUCGUAUAUUUAUUAAUCAGAAAGAAUUUGCAGAUCUUGAACAUCGAAUGUGAAAUUGUCAUUUCUUUAUUAAACCACAUGAUCCUCAACGAUUUGGAAUCACCAAUUUGGAAAAAAAUUAUCGUGUUAGAGAUAUUCAAUGGGAUUUUCCAAGAUUUCAAUUUAGUCGAGGCGAUCUUCAAAGAGUAUGAUUAUAAUCAAGACAGAAAACACGUGUUGAAUGAUUUUUUGAUUAAUUCGUACUGUUUAAUAAAUUCUGCUGGUUCGAAAAAGAUAAUGAAAUUCAGAUCGGUGUUGCAUCCUCCGGUAUCAAAUAUUAACCGAGCUCAAUCUCUGACUGCAACUGCUACAGGUUCCGGCUCAUCAUUACCUAAUCAACCUUCUCCAAUGGUGGCGGAAUUUUUAAUUGAUGGCUCUCCUGAUAAGAUUACGUUUAUGGAUAUGCUAGACAAGACAAACCCUCCAGAUAUUCCUGAUAAUUACGUUUACUAUUUGGUUUUGUCCUGUUUCAAUAAUCUUGUGGAAGGGAUUGGCAAGUAUGUGAUGAAUCUUUCGAUUUCUGAAGCUGAUAAAUCCACCACCCGUAAACUAGUGAAAUUUCUUGAUAAUCCCGAUAUUAUUGAAUCAGACACUCUCAAAUCUGAAGUGAUAUUCUCAAAAUCGCUCAUUGAAAAGAAUUAUAAAGUUUUGCUAUCGACCUUUGAAGUGUUUUUAUAUUCCAAAUUAUCGAACGAAUGCUUCCAUAACCUAAUCCGAAGUUUGCAGAAACUUUGUUACUCAUCAGGGAUUUUGGGAUUGAAUCAACCAAGAGACGAUAUUAUCAUGUUAUUUUCAAUUUCCACAAUUAAUAACACCGACGAAUUUUACAGUGAUCAAGUUCAAAACAAUUCUGGACAAGUGGGUGAUCAAAAUACGAGAUCUGCUUCUGAUUUCAGUGCGGCAGCGGUUGAAGAAAAACCGGGGGCAAAAGACUCUAAAUCUUUCGGGGAAUCAUUAUUCAGUAGCUUGAGCUCGAAGUUCACCACCCAUGCCACUAAUAUCAAUCAAAAUCUUAGUUCUUUAGCUACCACCAUUUCCAACGUCACCUCGAAUCCUUCCAGUCCUCUAUUCGGUGCGCAUGGAAGUAACAAUAACGGGCAGCUUGUUUUACAUUCGCGAUAUAUCAAUUCUAGACAUUUGAUCACCUUGCGGGCGUUGAUAAAUUUGGGGAUUUCUUUGGGCUCAUCUUUAGGAAUGAACUGGAAAAAUAUUUUCAUAACUUUGCAAUGGGUCAAUUAUUAUAUUAACGGGCCCCCAGAGGAUUUUGAAAAAAAGUUUGUUUAUUAUAAUUCGAAAUAUGGGACCAUGCCAGUGAUCAAACAGAAUGAAAUCGCGGUGAUCCAAAGUUCGAUCAAAAAAUUAUUUGAUUCGUCUAAAGAUUACUCCGUCUCGUCAUUCUUGGUGGUGUUAGUGAAUUUGGUGGAGUUAUCAAAUAUUUCCAUUGAUUCUGAUAAAUCUAAAGAUAAAGAACGACAACUUUUUGAUAAAAUUAUCACCUCAGUGUUUGAUUCAUGUGACAACAAUAAUGGAGAGAAGCCCGACGACAAAGUUAAAAAUUCAUUUUUACCAAUUGCCAACAUCAAUUUGAGUCCGUGCUAUUAUAACAAGCAAUAUUUUAUGGAUUUGCUCCAAACUUUGUGUGAACUCAAUUCGUCGCGAUUUUUGGUGGAGUGUAUGGAGACUUCUGAUAGCGCUUUGGCAUUUAAUAACGAAGAGGUGUUUGUGGAAGGAGAAGCGUCGAUGACCAGCUUAAAAUUCGUGUUCAAUUAUUUGAUAGGGUUAUCUAUCAACCGAGGUUUAAGUAGCCAGUUUAGAAUCAAAAGUGUGACGAUAUUUAAUUCGAUUUUGAAGAGUAUAUCUAAAGAAGAGUUUUCCAAUAGCGGGAAAGAAGAACAUAUUACCAAUGAUGGAAACGCGGUGGAAUUCAAACUUUUGACUUUCAUGUUCUAUUUAUUCCAAAACAUUGAUCAGUUUCAAAAGCAUGAUGAUGAAUUAUUUUCACAGCAACAGAAAAGGGGCGAUGAUGAGAAUAAUAACAGUUUGAUAACUAUUGUCGCGGCCCCGGUGCUUAAUUGUGAAUUUGAGAUAAUUUCUCGCAGUUUAGAGAAUUUGAAAGACUUGUUGGAUAUGUUUGGGGUGGGGUUCCAUAGAAGCUCGUGGAGUUUGGUAUUCAAAAUCAUUGAUUUAUCAUUUGAGUUCUUUGAAUACGGGGACCCGCUGAACCUUCAAAAAUUAUCGGAAGUCAAUGCCAGUUAUGGUUUGAUGGAGAAGAAAUCGGAGUUGACGAAAUUGUCGUUUGAGAUUUUGCAAUUGAUUCUCGGGGAUUUCUUGACGGUGUUACCAUUGAACAUUAUCAAGAUCUUGAUCAAUUCGAUCCAUCGGUUUGCCAAUCAAGGGUUUGACAUCAAUAUUUCUUUUAGUGCCAUCAGCCACUUCUGGCAGGUGAGUGAUUAUAUAAGGGAAUUAUUGACCACCGAGAUUCCGGAAGGCAGUUAUGAGAAAGGUAAUGAAAUCUUGAUUGGUACAGUGAACAGUGAGGAUGAUUUGAUUAAUUAUGUGCAAAAUGAAAUUAACGAUGAUAACGAUAUUCCCGAAAAGGACUCGAGCGAGCAAAAAUUCGUGGCGUAUUCGUGUUUAUGGAUCUAUUUGUUGAAAGUGUUGGUGGACAUUUCCAAUAAUCAAAAGGAUCAAGUGAGAAAUGGGUCUAUCCAAACAUUUUUCCGGAUCCUUGAUUCUCACGGGAAGCAUUUAUCAUCAUGGCAUUUGUGUUACAGUAUUGUGAUUUCGUCACUUUUCACCAUCCGGCCAAAAAUUUUGCGGACCGCCAAUUGGGAAGAAUUGUCAACAAUUAAACAAGAAUGGUCGGAAACGUUGAUUUUAAUCAUGAGCGGGAUUGUGAAAUUCUAUGAUAAUUAUUUUGCCGAUUUUGACCACCUUGAAAUUGGCGUUGCGUUGGAAUAUUGGACGGGGUUGAUCAAGUAUUUCGAAGACAUUUUGCUGCUCAAUUGGAACAAUUGUGAUUUGAAAUUGUAUCAAUCAUUUAAUGAUUUAUUGGCACCGUUUGUGGGAAAACAAGACGACAAGACGACGGCGAUUCCUACGGAGAUUAUUGAUUUAUUGUUUAAUUUCUGGAGUGGUCGGAACGUUUCAUAUAAUAUCACGUUGAACAAACAUUAUCAAGACUCGUUGACCUCAUUGAUGAGAUCGUUUGUGCCGUUAUCGGAGAUCCUUGGGACGAGAAUGGAUGGUUUAAAGAUCAAGAAAUCGUUGAAUUUGCUCAAUUCCGCGGUGAAGUAUCCGAUUUUACCCACCUAUUUCAAUGAUAAUGUGUACCCAACGGAUUUACAAAAAUCGGUAUUAGAUAAUUUGAAAUUGAUCACCGAUAAUGAUGAUCCGGAAGUCCAAUCGGAUGUGAUUCUCCAAUUGAUCUCCAAUAUUGUCCUUCCAUUUUCCACCCGGAGUCAAAUUAAAGAACAAUUGAGUAAAAAUCGAUUGCCAAAGGAUACCAAAGUAUGUUCAUUUGUGUCGUUGAGUUAUUAUUCGGUGAUAAUUCUUGAAUCGCAAGUGAAACGGAUAAAUGAUUUCAAGCCGUUGUUACAGAACCAAUCGAUGAUCAUUUUGAUCUCGUCGCUUUUGGAACCAAUCAAACAAAACGCCAAAGGGAUCUUGGCAGGGUCUAAAAAGAAAUCGUUGGCGGCGUCGUCGUCGUUAAAGAUUGACUUGUCAUCGGCGAAAGAAUUAUGGGUGGAAUGUAUCAAGAUCAUUUUGUUUGUGGUGCAUCAGAUUACCGGGAUAUUAGCCAAAGAUGAUGCAGUUGAUGAGAUCAAUGUUGACACUAAAAAAACGUUUUGGCAAUUGAUUGUCGAACUUUACAAGACCACAUUGAUGGUUAGUAGUAACAAUGGGGAUUAUGAGGAGUUUAAUGUGACGACGUUACAGGAUUUGAGGCUGCAGAUUGUGCCGUAUAUUAGUUUACGAUGUUUUCCGGAGCAGUUGGUGGAUAAUUUUGCCAAUUAUAUUUUGGAUUGUUCGUAUGUUUACGAAAAGGAUGAGAUUGAAUUAUCGUUGUUGGAGGAGACCGGGGGUGGUGGAGGUGGGAUGGCAAAGAAACCCGAGAAGGAUUUGGAUCAGAUUGUGGAGAAUUUUGUGAAUUUUGAUUUUGAUAAUGAUAUUCCGUUGGUCAAGCCGUUGAAGUAUGUUGAAAGGUAUAAGAUUAAUUUGAUAUGUUUGAAUGAUUUGAUUGAACUUUGCAAGAUCCCAGAGAAGCAGGCAGAUGAUAAUGAAGCUGAAGAUGAAGGGAAAACCAUCGUAUGGGAAUCGCAGACGUUGAUUUCUCAGAAAGUGUUACCAUGUUUGAUCAUUCGAACAUUGUAUGUUUUGCGGAAAUUCAUUUCCCAUGGGUCGUUGAUUAAUCAAGUUCCAUUAUCGAAGAUUGAGAAAUUGGAAAUGAUUAUUGUUUUGAAAGGGCUCAAUGAUUUGAUUUUCAAUUUCAACGAUGCCACACCACAAGAGAAAUCCAAGAAGUAUCAGCAAUUAUCGGUGAUUUUACCGUUGGUGAUCAAGAUGAUUCCAUUAUGUGGGAAAGUCCGGGGGAUUUCUGGGUUAGUGGAAUCGUUUUUCUACGAUUAUAAUGAGAAUUCCAAGAAGAUGAUGAGAAUUUCAAGAAGAUGA